GGCCGCGGCGCGUGCCAAUCCCCGGGCAGCCCACCAUCAGCGCCUCACAGCCAAGCCUCCGAGCUCGCCUCUCGCUCGUAAAACACGGCCGAAUCGCACCAUGCGCCUAUCCAUCCUCCUCGCCGCCGCCGCAUGGGCCGAGCGCGUCGACCGCGAUGCGGACGGCGUGCCCGACGCGGCGCCCGAGGGCGCGUGCUGCGAGUGUUGUUACGGGUGCAACCCUGUGUGGAAAUCAAAAUUUUACGGCGCGUUCGUGCUGAAUCGUCGCGUCGUCCUCCACGCCAUCGACGCGACGCCUGCUCGAUGGCGUGGCGGUGCCAGUUCCUCGCCGCGCGACCGAGCCAGGACGGCCGCGUCAUCGCCGAGAAAUGACUUAGUGAAGAAUUGUCGGGCACCCGACGCACUGGUUGAUUUCCACACAGGUGCAACCUCGCUACCAAUAUCUGCGGCCACGGCGCGGGGACGACGCUCGAGGAUAUUAAGGAGAACGGCUGCUGCGAGGGGUUUUAUCUGCGCUACUCGAUCCAGCCGGGGCCCCGUAUUUCUCACUCCGAGUUCGACGCCGUAUCAUUCAUCAGCGAGGGCGAGUGCGCGCACAAGGAGGCCGGCCGCUGGAACCGCUUCGGCUGCCCCCAUUUUUUAGGUGCGCCGCCGGUCUGGAAUACUGAAGAAGAUGACGACGACGACGACAGUAGUUUGGAUCAGCGCACGCUCAUCGUCCUCUUCGUCGUGCUGGGCGUCGUCGGCGCGGGCGUCUUCCUCUGCGUCUUCGCGUGCGUCUACGCGGCCUUCGGGAAAUACCUGCAAUCGCGCGAGGCGCCGUUCCACUCCGGCGCGGCGCCGGCGCCGGCGGCGUCGUUGAUGCACAAGAAGAGACGCGCCCCGUCGUCGUCGCCGCGGCCGACGACGCCGCUCGCCGAAAAUGACGACGACUCCAUCGACAUCGAGCUCUCGCCGCGGUACGUGUGAGUUUCCUUCCUUUCCUUCCCUUCCUUUUCGGUACUAAUUCGAC